ACGAGCGCUCCAAAUAUCGCGUCGGUUUGAAUUUUUUCUUUUCUUUCUCAUCUCUUUCCCCGUAAUUUCUUUUUUUUUUUCUCCUUUGUAAAUCCUUCGAUCCGAUCCACCGCGAACCUCUUUUUUCCUUCUCCGAGACACCUCCCUCCAAAUCCGCUCCGCCCGAAAAAUCCAUAUCAGUUCGUCAAUUUUCUCCCCUCCCUUUGUUUCUGUUCCUUUACUCCUCUCAGUUUUUGAAUUCUAGGGUUUCGGGUCCCUCCUUUCCCUCCCAUUUCCUGCUUCGCGGUUACACAUUCAGAGUGCCGCUUCUGCUCCGUUGAUAGGUAGCUAUGUCCGCUUCGACCGUGUCUAUCACGGCGAACCCAGCGGCUUCCCGCCGGAGGCCGGUUUUGGCCGGCGAGAAGAAGUCCAACACCAUCGAGUUGUUGCCCCAUGAGGCGCAAGCCAAUGGAGGCGGGGACGGGAAUGAUAAGGUGAAGGUCGCCGCCCCCGCGCACAGCAAGGAUCUGAGUCAUAAUUCCAUCCGCGGCGAGCCGAUUCUCGAGAGGACUUCUAAAGAUCCGGUACUGCUUAGGAAGGGAAACGCGGUUAACUCGACGGUUUCCCCGCGCAGGGGGCGGAAAGUGGCGGCCAAGCCCGAGAAACCGCGGUGGGUGACGGUUGUGAGUAUUUUGACCAAGAAUUUCGUGCUUCUGCUCGUCUUGCUAGGGCUGGUGCAGUUGAUUAGGAGGUUAGCGACAUCGGAGAGCACUUCGGCUGCAACGCCGACGGGUUUGGCGGAGAUUGAGGGCCGUAUUGCGGAAGUGGAGUCGUUUUUGAAAACCACGGCGAAAAUGAUUCAGGUUCAGGUGGAGGUUGUAGAUAAGAAAAUUGACAAUGAGGUUGGAGGUUUGAGGCAUGAAGUGAACAAGAAGCUUGAUGAUACUGGUGCGAGUUUGGAUGCGGCAUUGAAGAAUUUGGAAUCGAAGAGUGAAGAGUUGGAGAAAUCAAUUGCAGAGUUGAAGUCAGCGGAUUGGUUGUCCAAGGAUGAAUUUUUGAAGUUCUACGAGGAAUUGAAGAAGACGAAGGAUUUCCAGGUGGGUGAAGACUCUUACAAUUUGGAUGUUAUUAGGGCUUAUGCGAAGGACAUAGUUGAGAAAGAAAUCGAGAAGCAUGCUGCGGAUGGACUUGGCAAAGUGGAUUAUGCCCUUGCGGAGGGUGGCGCUUCUGUGCUAAAGCACUCUGAGCCGUUUGGUAAGAGGAGGCCCCUUAGCGGAUGGUUCUCAGGUGCUUCUGGCUUGAGUGGGGUUCAUCCUGAUGCAUAUAAGAUGAUGAGGCCGAGUUUUGGAGAGCCUGGGCAGUGCUUUCCUCUUAAAGGAGCCAGUGGAUUUGUGGAGAUUAGGCUCCGUGCAGCUAUUGUUCCUGAGGCUGUUACGUUGGAGCAUGUUGCCAAGAGUGUUGCAUAUGAUCGGUCAAGUGCCCCGAAGGACUGUCGAGUUUCUGGCUGGUUCAGAGGGUCCGAUGCUACUUCACCUGCAGAUCCGGAGAAGAUGUUUCUACUCACCGAGUUCACGUACGAUCUGGAAAAGAGCAAUGCUCAGACCAUCAGUGUUGUUGAUUCGGCAGCCUCACAUGUGAUUGACACUGUCAGGCUGGACUUCACAUCGAACCAUGGGAGCCACGCACACACAUGCAUAUACCGCUUCCGGGUACAUGGCUACGAACCUGACUCUGCCUCGAUGAUGCCAUUGCAGAAUUGACAUUAGUUGACAGUUCUUUUAGCUGCUCCUGUACUUUGUAUGAUUCUGUUCAGAACUUCUGUAGCUCCUUAUGUAGAGGGUGUACAUUUGUUUGUGUGCUUAGGUUCAUGAUUUGUUCUCAGCCUGGCGUAUAUUACCACUAUGUUAUGUUAGUGUCAAAUUUUAGGCAUUGCGAGUUUCUUAUGCCGACGUGCAAGUUGUGAUCACAUUAUGGACGUUCUGUGAGCGCCGUAAUUGGAUUGUUCGUUGGAUGCUUUGCGAUUGUUGGAUAGAUGAGGUAUCAAUUUCGUAAUGUACUCUCGUCCAACUUGCAAUCCAAUGACUAUGUAUCUCGUGAUCACAUUACAUUUACUGAUGUUAUGUGAGCAACGUAGUCG